AUGCCUGCCAAGAGAAUCGUCGUCCAGAGAGACAACCAACGCUCUCGUCAGCCCAAGGGUUACUUCAGAUCAACAUACGAUGCGUUGACUUCUUCUGAGAAUGCACCCAUCGUGCGCAGCGUCGCCAUCUUCGGCGCAGCUGUGACUUUCCUCUCCAGCUCCUGGGGCGAGUUCCUUCUUCCUCCUCAAUAA